AUGAGGAUUCCUCAACCAGAGGCCGGUGGUCCUUCAUCGACGUUCAGGCCUGCUCCGUUGAAUGACCCUCCGCCACUUUAUGCGAGACGACCCCAAUUCGGGCGCUGGAACCACGUUGCCGCCAUUUCGAGAGCUUCAUUUAGCGCCUCCAGGCCCACAAAUAUCUGCAAAUCCUAUGAGGCCCUUUCCUGUUUCAACAGACGAAUGAUUAUGAAAGUUUUCAGAACUGAGGACAGGCUGAAAGCCGCCCAGUUAAUCAGAGAUGGCUUUGGAUCCCGUAGGGGCGCCGUCACUAUCUAUGAUAUAGAACGUUCAGGUGCCCUGGAGGCCUUAAGAGGUUGGAAAGAAACAAUAUUUCGGACGUUUGAUAUGAUGCCUCCAGGUGCUGAUGGCGUGGCAUGCCUAUUUACUCAGUCCCCGAGAUUUUCUAGAAGACUGCAUUCUCAUGUGAAAAAUGAGUUUUGGUCAACAGGUUUGCCAUGGCAAGCUGUGGACUUUUGUGACUACUUUCCUAUAGACGAGGCGGUGACAAAUUUCUGCGCACAAACGGACCUUCAAUGGGAUAAUACCAAUGACAGCCCGUCCAAGAUUUUUACUUACCCCCCAAUGCCAGGGCCAGAACUAUAUGCAUUCAUUGUAGGGUCACUGUCACGCAUGAGACUUCGAAUUGCAAAGUUCGCCCACUAUGUACUUCUUCUCAUGACAAAUGGAGUUCCGAUGCCAGGCACUAUUCUGAGCUGGAACGGGAUGCCUGAAAAUCCAAGAGGUGGACGUCACAGCCCUUCUUUUCCCAACAAUCUCAUCCAGCAAGCAAUUAGCAUUCCACUACUUGGUCUGGUGGACCUCUCCCAAAAUGCCCUUGCAUCAAUGUCUAUGCAGGAGGCCAGGUCUAUAGCGAAUGCACAUGCUGGUACUGUGAAGCUAUUCGAGAAUCGUAUAAUAACAAUGGCCUUUUUCAACUCCACCGCGACAUCUCAGGCCCAAAAGGCUGCGGGCGAACUCCACGACCGCGCAGAUAUCGACUCUGAUCCGGUUAAAGGCCCACAUAUAUCCGCUCACAGCGCAGUUAACCCUCAUGACACCUUAAAUCCUCCCGGAGAGCAGCUGGUGGUCUUGAGACUUAAAUCGCAGUUGCGUCACGACCGCAUGCAGUGCUAG